AUGUCCGGAGUCUUAACGCCUGCUUCCUCGACCAGCACGUUCUGCGAGCCUUCUGCCUUCCAUCCCACACGGGUGGAAGAAGAGGCUAGACGGGAGGAACGGCGCGCAGAGCAGUAUGGCGGUGAUGUCCCCGAGGAUCCUGUACCCAAGACAGCCCCAUAUGUGCCUUCAGUUGUUGACGAGAAGAUUGACCCGAAUCAAGUUGACUGGGACGGCCCGGAUGACCCUGAAAAUCCCCAGAACUGGUCGACCGGACGAAGGUGGUUCAUCACUUUCCUCGGCCUUGUCAUGACGAUCAAUGUUACGUUCGCCUCUUCUGCCCCGUCGUCCGCAGGUCCUACGAUCGCAGCCACCUUCGACAAAUCUGCUGAAUAUGGCUACCUCGUCACCACAGUCUUCCUCUGCGGCUACGUUAUCGGACCUCUGUUCUGGGGCCCUGGGUCCGAGCUGCUGGGUCGCAGGCCGCUGUUCCUGCUCACCCUCGGUGCCUACACCAUCCUUCACCUCGGACAGGCGUUGGCAACCAACAUCGAGACGCUGCUUGCCACCCGGUUCCUCGGCGGAUUCUUCGCCGUCGCACCGCUGACGAACUGCGGUGGGCUCAUGUUCGAUAUCUGGGAUCCAAUCCGACGAGGCAUUGCCACCGCUCUGUUCGUUGCGGGCGUCUUCAUUGGACCCGUUCUUGGUCCUAUAAUCGGCGGCUUCUUGACGACGAGUUACCUCGGUUGGAGAUGGGUUUUCUGGAUCAUGAUGAUCUUCGCUGGCGCCUGUACCUUCGUCGCCGCGAUCUGGGUGCCGGAGACUUACGCGCCGGUGCUUCUGCAGCAGAAGGCUCAGCGCCUGAGGAAAGCGGAUCCUGUGAAGAAUGCUGACCUCUACGCCGAACAUGAGCGCGCGGACUGGUCAGUCAAGGGCAUCAUGCACCGGACGCUCUACCGGCCUCUCCUUAUGCUGGCAAUCGAGCCCAUCUUGUUGCUGGUCACCAUCUACCUCUCACUUGUGUAUGGUGUCCUCUACGCACUCUUUGAAGCCCUUCCCGUCAUCUUCGUCCACACACGCAACUUCACCGUCGGCGAGUGCGGGCUGAUCUUCAUCGGCGUCGGUAUCGGCACCACGAUCGGCGCCGCAUCCUUCAUCCCGCUGACCGCACACUACCCGCGCCUCAUGAAGGAGUGGCGCGGGUUCCCGCCGCCGGAGCAGCGGCUGUUCGGCGCCAUGAUCGGCGGGACGAGUCUCGUGCUGGGCUGCUUCUGGCUCGGGUGGACGGGCAACUACCCCAGCGUGCCGUGGUACGUCCCUGCGCUGGGAACGAUCCCCAUCGGCGCGAGCGUGAGCAUGGUGUUCAUCUCUUUUUUGACGUAUCUGGUGGACACCUACUUGGGCUACACUGCAUCGGCAUUCGCCGCAAGCACGAUGAUGCGUUCCGCCGUCGGCGCGGCCUUCCCGCUGUUCACCACGCAGAUGUUUGAGAAUCUUGGCAUUAAUUGGGCGUGCACGCUCAUCGGUCUGCUCGGACUUCUCCUCGCGCCCAGUCCUUUCCUGUUCUACAAAUACGGGGCCCUCAUUAGGUCUAAGAGCAAAUUCUCUCCGUCUCCUGUGAGUAUCAUAUUCACGUUGCGUUUCAUUUCACGGUGGACUGACUGUUUUGGCGCUAUGUCUCAGGAUCUACUCAUUGCGGAGGAGUUGGCAGCGGAGGCUCGCGCGUCGGCUGGAAAGGAGAAGCAAGAGGUCUGA